UUGAAAUUCGAAUAGGCUGACAUGUAUACAGAAUAAUCGCCAGUCGACGUUGGAUAUCCAUCCCGCACAGAAGCUAACACACGAUGCACAGUCCUCGUCUGUGGAAUAUUAAGCGGGCAUCGGUGCUCCUCAGCGCCGCCCUGCUGCUCUAUGUGUUUGUGUUCUCUAGUGGCUAUCAGAAGUACCAGAUCGAGGGCAUUAUCAAGCGGAGCCAACCGGAAAAGGUCUGGGAGUAUGUGGCGGAUUUCAACAAGAUGCGGCUCCUCAACCCCACCAUCUUAAACUUCAAGAUCCUAGCUGAUCAUGGCCACGCCCACGACUGGCGCUACACGGUGCAGUACACAGAGAGGCUAUCCCAUUGGCCAUACUGGCUGAACACGGCCACGGCCAAGUACGUGGUCACCAAGACGAUGCCCGGAGUUUCCCCAGUGGCCUAUGCCAUCAAGUCCACGCAUGAGACCUGCUUCUUUGCCGGAUUCUACUGCCUGCAAUCACUGAGUGAAUUCACAUUCAGGAACUCCAAUGGCGACACCUUUGCCCAGGAGAACAUACAGUACCAGUGUCCGCCACUCUUGGGCGGCAUGUGCCGGCGGGAACUGGAGUUUCAACGCCAGGCGGUGAUGCACAACCUAACAAUAAUAUUCGGAAAGCAGAGAGUAUAGCAUCUCAUUCCAAGAUGUAGCUUAGAUGGAUAGCUUAAUGGAAGUGCAACAACUUAAUUGACUAAAUUACCAAAAAUCUGCAAAUCUAUGUUUUUGUAUGUAAACCAUUUGUUUAUUUCAUGAGGAUAAAAAAUUACAUUGUACUUGUUUCUAAAACGAUAA